UUCCCUGUAAAAAAAAAAAAAAAAAAAAUACUGAGAGAGGGAGAGAGAGAGAGAGAGAGAGAGGAAAAAAGAGAGAGACGGAGAGAGCGCGAGACAGAGCGAGCCACGCAAUCUGACCGGGCAGUUUCUGCUCUCCCAGGUCACACGCCUCCUCCUCCUCCUCUCUGCUCCUCGCUACCCAGGUGACCCGGGAGAGACUCAGUCUUGGAGCCGUCGAGUAGCCCCCGGUGCAGAGGAGCCUCACUUGCAGAAUUCCAGCCAGUCUUCGCCCCCCUUUUACAAUUUGGUCCCCCUUUAUACUCCCAUACGUAAUUUUUGGAAUUUCUUUUUUCUUUCUCUUCUUUUCGCUAAACUACCCAGCAAAGAUUAAAAAAAAAAAAUCUCAUUUGCUCACCUUUCCUUCCUAGCUUUCCCAUUUCCCAACUGAAAACAAAUCUUUAAACGACCCCCACCCCUCCGACGGCAGGAGCACCUGCAGAGCCUCGUAGCCCCCGACCUCCCAGCCCAACCGCCCUCCGUCUCAGCGCGCGGGUUCCGGGCCCGGCGAGAGGGCGAGAGCGCAGCCGGGGCCAUGGAGGUGACGGCGGACCAGCCGCGCUGGGUGAGCCACCACCACCCCGCGGUCCUCAACGGGCAGCAUCCGGACACGCACCACCCGGGCCUCGGCCACUCCUACAUGGACCCGGCGCAGUACCCCCUGCCGGAGGAGGUGGAUGUACUUUUUAACAUUGACGGUCAAGGCAACCACGUCCCGUCCUACUAUGGAAACUCGGUGAGGGCCACCGUGCAGAGGUACCCUCCGACCCACCACGGGAGCCAGGUGUGCCGGCCGCCUCUGCUGCACGGAUCCCUGCCCUGGCUGGACGGCGGCAAGGCGCUGGGCGGCCACCACACCGCUUCGCCCUGGAACCUCAGCCCCUUCUCCAAGACGUCCAUCCACCACGGCUCCCCGGGGCCCCUGUCGGUGUACCCCCCAGCCUCGUCCUCGUCCCUGUCGGCGGGCCACUCCAGCCCGCACCUCUUCACCUUUCCGCCCACCCCGCCGAAGGACGUCUCCCCGGACCCGUCCCUGUCCACCCCGGGCUCAGCCGGCUCGGGCCGCCAGGACGAGAAGGAGUGCAUCAAGUACCAGGUGCCUCUGCCCGACAGCAUGAAGCUCGAGUCGGCGCAUCCCCGCAGCAGCAUGACCACCCUGGGAGGGGCGGCGGCCUCAGCCCACCACCCCAUCACCACCUACCCGCCCUACGUUCCUGAGUACAGCUCCGGACUCUUCCCGCCCAGCAGCCUGCUCGGGGGCUCCCCCACCGGCUUCGGAUGCAAGUCGAGGCCCAAGGCCAGAUCCAGCACAGGCAGGGAGUGUGUGAACUGUGGAGCAACGUCUACCCCACUGUGGCGUCGAGAUGGAACAGGGCAUUACCUGUGCAAUGCCUGUGGGCUCUACCACAAGAUGAACGGACAGAACCGGCCCCUCAUCAAACCCAAGCGCAGGCUGUCAGCAGCAAGAAGGGCAGGUACGUCCUGUGCAAACUGUCAAACCACAACUACGACUCUCUGGAGAAGAAAUGCCAAUGGAGACCCUGUCUGCAAUGCCUGCGGGCUGUACUACAAGCUGCACAAUAUUAACAGACCCCUGACUAUGAAGAAGGAAGGCAUCCAGACCAGAAACCGAAAAAUGUCUAGCAAAUCCAAAAAGUGCAAAAAGGUGCACGACACGCUGGAGGACUUCCCCAAGAGCAGCUCGUUCAACCCCGCCGCCCUCUCCAGACACAUGUCUUCCCUCAGUCACAUCUCACCCUUCAGCCACUCCAGCCACAUGCUGACCACACCCACGCCGAUGCACCCGCCCUCCAGCCUCUCCUUCGGACCUCACCACCCUUCCAGUAUGGUCACUGCCAUGGGUUAGGGUCCCUGCUCGAUGCUCAAAGAUCUCCAGGCGAGAGUCCCUCCAGCCCCUUCUACGUGCAUUUUCGCAGGAGCAGUAUCAUGAAACCGAAACCCGAUGGAUCUAUAUGUUUUUGCAGGCAGAAAGCAACACGAUGUUUGCCACUUGGACAGAGGAACCCACUGUGGUGUCUGUGUUCUCACUCCCUGGAUCUGGAUACCAUUUGUGAAUAAGCCAUUCAGACUCAUAUUCCCUAUUGAACAGGGUCUCUCUAGUGCUGUGAAAAAAAAAAAUCGCUAAACAUUGCAUAUAACUUAUAUUGUAAGAAAUACUGUACAUUGGAAGAAGAAGACUUUAUUGCCUCUGUCAAGAAGGCACGAAGGACGCCAUGCAUUUUAAGGACGAUGGGAGAAAAUAAAGUGUGGAAAUUAAGAAGAAACUAGUUCUGAUAUCCAAAUGGACAAACUGCCAGUUUUGUUUCCUUUUCCUGGUCACAGUUUGAUGCAUUAAAAGAAAAAAAAAAA